AUGCUCUUCUCAGCCCAUGCCUCUCAGGUCCUGAUCGCCUUGAGCCUCCUCUCGUCCCCCUUGACUCUCGCAAAGCCCGUCGCAACGACCUCGGCCCCGGUAAUGCCCGAGACAAAGUCUCUCAUCGUUUGGGAGCCCCUCUACGAGAGUGCCACCGCCCUCGACAAGCGGGAGUCCGGCUUCGGGAGAUUCGUGAAGCGGUGGGGGAUCGUGACUCUCCCGAUAGUAGUCAUCUCCACCCCGUCCACUAUCUACUCCAUCUACAAGGACUGCAAGCAGUUUUCCGAGGAAAAGGACAAGGGUAGCUCGGUGUCGUGCGUCGCCGCCUCCGUGAACCAGGCCAUCAGCAUCGGCACCGCGGCGAUCGCGGUCUUCACCAUCGUCUUUACCUAUGUGACGGGAGAGUCGCCGCUGAAGUCGAGGAACAACUUUCUGUCCCUCGAGGACCCCCAGCCCGCUGCUGCUUUCCCGGCUAUCGAAGCUCCUCUUAUCGCCAUUUAG